AUGUCGUUUGAAUACGUAAACAUUUCGGAGCCCACGUGGCUUGCGAUCCGCUUCAAAUCGGGUCAAGAUGAUUAUAUUUUGGUAAAACCCAAAGAUUUUUCCAAAGUUCCUGUGAAUAUUCCUAACUGGGUGCCAAGUGCUUGCUGUACGACAUCUUUAUUCCGGCGACAUGAAAACGAAUUGCUGAACUUUGAAGUGAAAACUGAUGACAUAUGGAUCGCCUCAUAUCCGAAGAGUGGAACGACCUGGGUACAGGAAAUGGUUUGGUUAAUUUGCAACGAUUUGGACUUCGAUAAAGCUCGUGCAACAGUUAUCCGCGAUCGAUCACCUUUCCUAGAAGUUAGCACAAUCUUUGACAUUGGAGAGGAUAUGAGCUCUUUUUCUUAUACUAGCGAAACUCCCAGUCCCAGAUUCAUCAAAACUCACCUUCCGGUUUCUCUGCUUCCACCGAAGAUUUGGACCGUGAAGCCAAAAAUUGUUUACAUUCGACGAAAUCCAAAAUCGGUAGCAGUAUCUUACUAUCAUCACUCCAAAACAAACGACUUCAAAGGCACCUUGGAAUCGUUUAUACAAUUAUUUAUGAAAGACCUACAGCUCUAUUCACCCUACCAUCAGCACGUGAUCGAAUAUCACCACUUAGAGGAUUACGAUAACAUUUUAUAUCUGAGUUUUGAGGAAAUGAAGCGAAACCUGAGAGAAUCGGUGCUGCAGACAUGCAAAUUUUUUGGACGAACAUAUUCGGCAAGUAAAAUUGACGACUUAUGCCGGCAUUUAUCGUUCGAGUCUAUGACUGCCAAUCUGGCGGUGAACUACGAGGACGCUUUUCCGGGUGAAAAGUUUAUACGAGAAGGCGCCAUCGACGGUUGGAAAAAGGAACUGAGCCCAGAACUGAUCGCCGAGAUGGACCACUGGACUGAGAGGACGGUUGACCGAAAAUAUCAAUAUUUGUUCAAAAUCUAG